AUGACAACGGAGGAGGAACUUACGGCAGAUGAGAUUGCUUUGUAUGAUAGGCAAAUUAGAUUAUGGGGUAUGGCAACCCAAUUGAGACUUCGAUCAACAAAAAUCUUGGUCAUCAACCUUGGAGCAGUUGGCACAGAAUGUGUCAAGAACUUGGUAUUGGGUGGUCUAAACUCAAUAGAGAUAUUGGAUAGCUCCGUGGUCAAAGAGGAAGACUUUACCGCACAAUUCUUUUUACCAAAUGAUGCCUCGAUUGUUGGCCAAUUGAAAUUACCACUAAUAGUUGACAAUAUUAAAGAAUUGAAUACUAAGGUUGAUUUGAGUAUCAAGACUUCUCCAUUGGAUGAAGCUUUUGCGGAGCCAAGUUACUUUAAGAAGUUUGAUUUGAUUAUCGCCACUGAAUUAUCAAAGACUCAAAUUAUCAAUCUCAAUGAAAUCUCAAGGCGUUUAAACAUACCACUCUAUGUAGGAGGUAUGCACGGACUUUUUGGCUAUAUUUUGGUUGAUCUCAUUGAACAUACAUCUUACAAUGAAUACAACCAAAGCUCAGUCCCCAGAAAAGUUAAUGUUGAACUAUCCAGGAAUAAAACAAUGAUUGCGGUAAAGCCUGAUCCAUUGAAGAAAGUAGACAUAGUUACCAUCAGGGAUGUGUAUUCCCCACUCAAAACUAUAUUCACUUCAAAAGAAGUGGCAAGAUAUUCCAGUCCAAGAGAAAUACGGAAAGCGACUUUAUUGCCUAUCAUCAUUGCAUUGUUUGAUAUUCCACGUCCUCAGAAUCCAAGUGAUGUAAUAGAUGUCCUACUUUUGAGGUCCAAAGUCGAGGAAACUUACAAGACAUUAAACCUUCCUGCCGUGUCAUUUUCAGAGGACUACAUUCAGAAAUUGAGUCGACAGGCGUAUGCUGAAUUUUCUCCAUCUGCCGCUGUUCUUGGGGGGACAUUGGCUCAAGAGGUUAUACGUUUUUUGAGCAAAAAUUACUCUCCAAUGAACAAUGUUGUGCUAUUGGAUGCAACAAACGCAACAAUGCCAAUCUAUAGUAUGUAG